AUGGCAAGGCUCACUGACGAUGCCGGAGGAACGUCUGCCAUACCAAUCGGGAGAAUAUUUAAGGAAGAUCUCACUCUAUCUUUUCCUCCCUUCCUACCCUAUUUCGCUACCGCCUAUUCGAACAACGAUCAGAAAGAAAUACCCCAUCUGCUCUCUUCGGAUAGCCCCAACCAGCGUCCCAGCCUCGGCACACUUGUUUCUUCCCAGCAAGGCUUCCGAACAUUCUCAGAGCCUGGCCAGCUGUUGGCUCACUACAUUGAGGGUUGGCAGGAAGACUCUGUUGUGAUGCAGCAAAUUCGACUUUCUUUUACCCGGGCAGCAGAAGACGAAAACCCUGCUGAGGCGAAUUUCUAUCUAGAUGAACUAGAAGCUGCAGAGGAUUCCAAGAUAAAUGCGACACGGACAAACUCUGAUCCACAACUUGAUCAAAGAACCAAAGAACCUGAAAGCCAUUCGAGUUUAAAGGCAAGAAAAACUAGUGAACCUUUGAUUCGAGGACCAUUGGGGCAGGAUCAUGCCUCUCUCGAGACCGUUCUCACUUCGACAAUGCUGUCAAAGACUCGACACUAUGACACCCGACGUCGUCACGUUCCAAAGAUGGAGAUCUUAGGCUCACUAAACUUUCAACUUACUUCCAAGGGUGAGAUACAUGAAAGCAUGAAGCAAAUGAUGUCAUCAGGUGAACUGCAAUCUCAUAUGGUUAGUUUUUGA